UACUUGUCCUUCGCUGGACAAGAGCGAUGGACAAGAGUGUGUGGCAACCGUACUUCACCUUGUGCGUGAUUGGUGUCAUGCUCGUGUUACUACUGUUGGAAGCGUCGGAGCCGUAUCUAGUCCUGAUGGGUGCGUUAGUGACGUUCCUGGUAGUAGACAUCCUGCAGGUCGACGAGGCUUUGGAAGGAUUUUCUGAUCCGGCGAUGCUGGUUAUCGCUGUCCUCCUUGUUGUUGCAAAAGGCAUAGAACAGUCUGGAGGUUUGGAAUACAUAAGCAAGCUGUUGUUCCGCAGCAGCAGCAGCAGCAGCGGCAUGGCGGACAGAGAGGACCGUCGUCAAACUGGGUGGCAGAGCAGUCUGCCGUGGAUCAUUUUUAAGUUCUCUCUACCGGCUGCUGCCUUCUCCGCUGUCCUCGCCAACGUUCCCCUGGUCUGCAUGCUCAUCCCUCCCAUUGUGGAGUACGGCAGACGGGUGAAUAUUGCUCCUUCCAAGAUGCUCAUGCCCCUGAGCUUUUCUUCUUUGCUGGGAGGGUUGCUUACGAUCAUUGGUUCAGCAACAAAUAUUGUUGUCCUUUCCCUUGGUACCAAAAGUGUUCCAGAAUUGAAGAUAGGGUUCUUUGAAGUUGGGAAAAUUGGAUUGCCUGUGACACUUACAGGGCUCAUCUAUAUGAUCACUUUGUCUUCCAAGCUUCUCCCAGAUCGCCUAGCAAUGGAACUGACACAUAUCAAUGCCAGGGAAUACAAUCUUGUGCUUGUGGUGCAGCAGAAAUCGUCAUUGGCGCGGAAAUCAGUGGAGGAGGGAGGUCUUUGCUUGCAGCCUGGACUCGUUCUUGUUCAGAUAGAAAGAGAUGGGGUUGCGAUUCCCGAUCCGGGCCCAGAUUUUGUGAUUCUGCCUAAAGAUCAGCUUCACUUUGUUGGGGUGAUAGAUUCCCUCCUAUCUCUGACUCGACUGGGCGGGCUCACACUUGCCGAGGAGGAGGGAAAACCCAUUGACCUCAACAGAUUGACAAUUACUCACUGUCUGGUGGAAGCAGUGGUGGCAUCGAAGUCGCCGAUGGUAAACAAACAAGUUCAAGAACUGCAAUUUCGAACACGUUACAAUGCAGCAGUUGUUGCAGUUCACCGCCAUGGUACGAGGCUAAAAAGUACAAAGCGAAUCUUGACAAGUGCGAGUGCCAAGCAGGAGCUUGAGUACUUAGGUCAUUUUGCCACGCCGAAAGGCAUUCGUUCCUUAGCGGACAAGAUCCAAGCCAUCGUGGAUUGGCCGGAAACCCGUUGCACGACGGAUGUACGCUCUUUCAUGGGUUUGGCUGGAUAUUAUCAGCGAUUCGUUGAGUCAUACUCGAAAGUGGCUGCUCCUUUGUCGAGACUUCAGUCCCCGAAGGUGCCCUUCGAGUUCGACGACGCAGCCCGUGGCGCCUUCACUACGUUGAAGGCAGCGAUGCAAGCCGCACCUGCCCUCCGUAUAUAUGACCCCACCCUUCCCACCCAAGUGACUACGGACGCUUCGGGGUACGGUAUUGGUGCGGUGUUGGAGCAGUGUCACGAGGACGGUUGGCAUGCGGUCGAGUACUUCUCCCAAAAGGUGCCUCUCGUAAACACUCUCGACGACGCUAGGAAGAAAGAGCUACUCGCGUUCGUCACCGUUCUCAAACGGUGACGCCACUUUCUUCUCGGCCGUCGGCGUUUUAAAUGGAAUAUGGACAACGAUCUGAUGACCUUUUACAAAACGCAGGAUACGGUCACUAGCAUGAUCGGUUGAUGGAUGUAUUACAUCGACGAGUUCGACUUUGGCCCGCGCCACAUUCCCGGUCCCGCCAAUCGAGCUGCGGAUGCCCUCUCACGACGGCCCGACUUUUGUGCCAUUGUGACCACGGCAUUCGACCUUGAUGACGAUCUGCAGCCGCAUUUCGUCAAAGGCUACAAGUCCGAUCCGACUUACUCUACGCUUUACGCAGA